AGUGAGAAGACUCUCUCCAACAUGGCAACAACAAGAAGGGCAAGUUUUCUUCUCUUCUUUCUUCUGUCUCUCUUAUCUCUCUCCAUUCUUUCAUCUUCCUAUUCCACGGAUUCCUUCGUUUUCGGAGGCUGCACUCAGCAAAAGUACACUCCUGACUCACCCUACGAGUUCAACGUCGAUUCACUCCUCACUUCCCUUGUCAACUCAGCCACCUACUCCUCCUACAACAACUUCACCAUCCUCGGCUCCAGCCAGCAGGACGUCGUGUACGGCCUCUACCAGUGCCGUGGCGACCUCUCCAUGCCCGAAUGCGCCACCUGCGUGGCACGUGCUGUGACUCAAGUGGGCGAGUUGUGCAAGCAAAUGUGCGGUGGAGCACUUCAACUGCAGGGGUGUUAUGUCAAGUACGAUAAUACGACGUUCUUGGGGGUGGAGGAUAAGACUGUGGUGCUGAAGAAAUGUGGGCCGUCCGUUGGGUAUGAACCGGAGGCUAUGGGCCGUAGAGAUGCGGUGAUGGCGAGCCUGGCUAGUGCUAGUGGGCCGUAUAGAGCUGGUGGGUCAGGGGAGGUCCAGGGUGUGGCGCAGUGUGUAGGGGAUUUGAGUUUGGGUCAAUGUCAAGAUUGUGUGUCGGCGGCGAUCGGACGGCUGAAAAAUGAUUGUGGUACGGCGGAUUACGGUGAUAUGUUUCUGGGCAAGUGUUAUGCCAGGUACUCUACAGGAAAAGCCCAUUCAGCCUUCAAGGCCUUCGGUGAUAAACAUAGCAACGAGGGAGAGAAGACGUUUGCGAUUAUAAUUGGAUUGUUAGCAGGGGUAGCUCUAUUCAUAAUAUUUCUUACUUUCGUAAGAAAGUUGUUUGGGGAACAUGGUAAAUAACAUAUUAAUGAAUGGAGUUAUUGGGCACACAGCUGUACCCUUCAAAAAUUCUUGAAACUUUCAUGCAUCUCUUUUUAUUUCUUGUUGAUGGAUGUCACCUUUCUUCCUUCUGUUUGCUCUUUUUGAACUUCAAGUCCCUCCAAAUGAAGAGUUGAGGAGAGAUGUUGAAAGGGGCAAGUACCAAACAAAAGUUGAAAAGGGAAGUUGGCUAAGAUUCCACUCUUCUCUCCACUUGCUGUAUUGUCAAAUCUGCAAAAAAAAAUUUAAUGCCCAUAUUAUUUUUGCAGUAAAGUUUCAGAUUCUAUUUCCUUUAAUUUUUCAUUGGAGCAGCAGUCUGCCCUCCUUGCUUUCUUACCGCUGGGUAUUGUAAAAUGAGAUUGCUUUAUUUACGGUCACACAAUUCCAAUAAAUCUUUUAUUAUUAUAA